AUGAACAAAAAUGGAACAGCUAAAAUGAAUGAUAAUCAAAUAAGAGCCGAAGGUAGAAGGUUAUUUAAACGCUUCUAUAACAUUCCUGAUGGUGUUAAUCCUAAAACUCGUAGAAGUUAUUUAAAUGAAGCCAUAGAUGCAUAUGAAGGAUUUGACAUUUCAUCAGAAAGUGAGAGGUUAGCAAGAAUGUUAAACGUUAAUAUUGAUUUUUAUUAUUGUGACCCUCAACCAGAAGACGUAGACAUUAACAAGGUAGACUUUCCAUUAGUGGAAUCAAUAAUGAUAGAUCCAGAAUUUGAAACAGUAAAUAUUUUAUUAACACAGAGUCCAUGUGGAAAACUUCACGCUGACAGAAUAACAGACGUUGAAGCACUCACAGGAUAUAAAGUUUGCCCCUUUUGCAAAGAAGAAGUAUAUUCUAUCCGUGAUGAUCCAGAAAGGAAAAACCAAAGAAGAUUUUUAAAACAUUGUGAGAAAUGUAAAGAAAAUAAUGGAAGAUUAAUUCAAGACGUUCAAUUGCAAAAGACACAGCAACCAUAUGCACCACAUAUUACGAAACAGAAGAUAUAUCAGUGGUUAUUAGCUCAUAAUUUGCAGGAAUAUUAUCAACCGACAAGAUAUUAUAUUACUUUUGACUUCGAAACAUUAGAGACUAAAGAAGAAUUACAACUUUCUGAGUGUGCAACUUUGAACGCUUACUUAAAACCAUUCAUGGUAUCAUCAACGGUUAAAUUAAACGAUAAAACAUUUACGAGGAAUUUUUGCUUAACAUCAAGUGAUUCGUUCAUCUCUGAUUGGAUUGAAUUUUUAUUUUCAACCUGUUCAUUAGUUGCUAAAUCAAAUAUUAAACAAUAUGAAGAAUUAAUGAAGCCACAAACGGUGGGGACUUUGUCCCAUACAUUAAAUGAGAAACAGAAGGAAGCAAUGAAAGAGCUUUUAGAUGAGGAAUUCAAUAAAGUGAAUAUCAUAGGUUUUAAUUCGGGAAAGUUUGAUUUAAAUUUAAUUCUUCGUGAUUUAAAUACUGCAAAAUGGAAGAUAAAAUCAAUGCUGGGUUCUUCUUCUCAAUUUAAGCAAAUCAUUGUAAAGAAAACAAACGUUCCAUAUGAAUUGAGAUUUAUUGACAUCAGAAAUUAUAUAGCGGGUGGAACAUUAGACCAAUUUACUCAAGAUUUCGGAAACAAUAAAACACGUAUUAAAUCAUUCUUCCCAUAUCAAUUCAUCACAUGGGAGAAUUACGAAGAUGAAUUAUAUAAAGAGGAACCAUUCACUCAAGAUUCAUUUUAUUCAGCAUUA